AUGAGCGAUGACAACGGUAGACUCGAGGAGACGGGGAGCGAGAGCCCUGUGGAGAAGCCACAGCGCAACCGGUUCCUUCAAUGUCUUAUUAACAACAGGUUCAUGCUCUCCAUAAUUGCAGGCGUGUUAAUCGGUUUUGCAAUUGGUUUUGGCCUCCGACAACUGCCGAGAAUCGAUGAAAACCUCAAGGUUUGGAUUUCUAUGCCUGGUGACAUUUACAUUCGUCUGCUAAAACUUACCAUUCUGCCACUUAUUGCCUCAAACGUUAUCAUCGUAAUAGCCAAGCUAGACCCUGAGGCGAAUGGGAAAAUUAGCACUGUAGCCUUCAUUUACAUCGUCUUCUUCAACAUUCUUGGCGCCAGCAUUGGCACCGCAGCGGCAGCAGCAAUUGGCCCAGAUGGGAUUGAGGAUGUAAUGCUAGAGUUUAUAGUGAUCAAAUUCGGCCUACAGACCUCAUAA